UGGCUUAUUAGUUUUUGAAUUUCGAGCGAAUUUCGUUUCAUAUUUCUGAAUCGAAACCCUAAAUCAAACAAUGGUGAAGGGAAUCGUUGGGGGCCAAAACCUUCCUGCAGAUGUGACUCAGCUGAUCGAUCAGUUGGAGCGCCAUUGCUUGGCUCCAGAUGGAUCUCUCGUCUCCAAAUCCACCUUUUACGAUCUCCAACUCGCGAGAGAUGAAAUGUCGAGAGAGAGAUUGCGGUACUUGGAAGCAAUGGCAAUUUAUUCCGAGGCAACUGCCAUGGUAGAAGAGUAUCAGCAGGCUGUUGCAGUGGCUAACCUUGGAGGUAUUCGUGAUGUCCAGGGUCUAUACCCGCAACUUGGCCUGAAGAACUCACCUCAGGUUUAUGAGGCACUUGAGCACCGGUUUGUCGUUGCAGAAGCAGCUCAAAAAUUGAGGCUUCCUCUGAUUUCCAAGGAUGGUGAGAUUCAUGAGGAAGAAAUUGAAAAAUGGAGUACACUGUCAAGAAGCUCCCUCGAUAGCACGAGUACUAACUUCACAAUUAACUCAAGCUCAAAUUCUACAAAUUACAUGAAUAUUUCUUCAACUAGUGCUGGUGGUAGUGCAAAUAAUGCAUUUUCUAGUAGUUCUACUGAUGCAGCUGAACUUGGAGUUGGUGGUGUUCCUAAUAAAUUCCUUGGAAUAACGCCUGCUUAUUUAUGGCAAACUCAGCUCCAACAAGCAGCAUUAUCCACGGACAUGGCCGAGUACCAGAUAUCACUAUUCCGUGAAAUUGAGGGCCGUUUGAAAGCUAAAUGUGAUAAGUUAGCAAAUGCCUUUGUCAUAGACGACAUUGACACUUCAACUGGACAUCAAAAUUCAAGUGCUCGGCUUCCGGAAAGGGUAAAGUUAAUUAUUGAGGAGAUCGAGAGGGAAGAGGCAGCUCUGAGGGAGGAUCUAUAUUCGGCAGACAGAAAAUUUGCUGAAUAUUACAAUGUCUUAGAGCAGAUACUCGGCGUGCUUAUCAAGCUUGUUAAAGAUUUGAAGUUGCAACAUCAACAUAAUUAUGAUGAACUUCAAAAAACUUGGCUGUGCAAAAGAUGUGAGACCAUGAAUGCAAAAUUGAGGGUUCUAGAACAUAUUCUUCUGCUUGAGACUUACACUCAGGAAUCAAUUCCCGCUCUCCAUAAAAUAAGGAAUUAUCUGGUUGAGGCUACAGAAGAAGCUUCGCUUGCAUACAAUAAAGCGGUUACACGGCUACGGGAAUACCAAGGUGUUGAUCCUCACUUUGAUACAAUUGCAAGGCAAUACCAUGAUAUAGUAAAGAAAUUGGAAAAUAUGCAAUGGACAAUUCGCCAAGUUGAAAUGGACCUGAAUCGUUUACCAGACCACCCUAGCACCUAAGUUACAUUGUUGUAUUUGUUUUUUUAUUCUGAGAUUGUGUUUUGUUGUAUUGUGUGUGUGUGUGUUGUGUUUUAGCAUCAUAGCAUGUGAUAUUCUGGUAAGAGAUGGUGUAUUACUUGCCUUGAAAUGUUGGUUUUUUUUACAUUACAUAUAUGCAUAUAUAGAUUGAAAUUAAAAACGA